GCGGCACGAACAAUUUCAUCGUCUGCAUAGAUCAAAUCCUACACUUUGUGCGCGGUCCGCAAUCUAGUCUACUUCUCACAUCUAUCGCCCACUACAUAGUCAGCACACCGAGAUGCCUCGUACCCUCUGGCCUCUCCAACUUGCCAACGGUCCCUUGGACAUACUACUCGUUUGUACACUUUUCGGCUCAAUUCUCUACAUUCUCAUAAACUGGGACUAUUUCACCAAUGACACGAUCGCAAAAACCGUACACCAAGCAAGACUAGGUCUCGUGACGACAAGUCUUUUUAUCACCAUUUCUCGUCAGAUCCUUGCGUUUAUUGCUCGUUAUCCAAUUCAUCUGUGCGAUAUACAUUGGCGAUGGGAUGACUUAAAGCCUUUCGCGUAUUUUAGGGGCUAUAACUCGACAUUUUCGGAUUUCUUUGCCGUUGCGUCAACAAUUUCAAAUAUCGCACAACUGAUCGGCGCGUAUACAGCAUACUCCAAAAUUGGUCCGGAGUGGUUGAUGACAAUGCCAGGAGAUUGGGGAUGCUGGAUCGUACCUCUUUGUCUGACACUCAGUCGUAUACAUGAUGACAUCAAGGACACACAAUUUUUCGCUUGGGUGCGCAUAGAGGACAUGCAUCUGGAGAUGGCAGGGCAGUCCGGGAGAGAUUUUUGGACUGGAAUGCAAGGGUUGUGCCAGGGAAGAGGGGGGCCUGACGGUGAGGUUCAGAGACUGACUGUUACGCUUUUGGAUCGAUGGGAUAAAGAUGGAAAAAGAGUUCGUGCGUGUUAUGAUUCACUACCAUGAUAUCUGCGAGAUGAGUGUUUUACUCAAAACUCUAGUUUUGAUAACCUACACAGUUGGGCGUGCGAUGAAUUAGAUGGCACAAAUGGAAACGAUCAAAACAAAUCGAGUCACGAGAGAAGAGAAGAAGUGAAAUGUGUUGCACAAAAUGCAAGAAAUGGAUUUGAGAAAAGACAACCCCAAGAGCAAGAA